CUCAGGAAGGAGAAACAGGAACACACCGGCCCACACUGGAUAAGAAUGACACCACCUUCCAGCUCCUACCUUCUUCUGCUCUGAGCACUAGGCAUCUUUGCACUUGGCCACUUCACAAAAUGUCAGAACAGCACACUGAUUUUCACAAAGGGAAAUACCAUUCGCAACUGCAGCUGCCCUGUAUACAGUAGGGACUGUGACUACAGUUUGGCCAACUUGAUGUGCAGCUGUAAGUCUGUCCUGCCUUUUGCCUUGGAGCAAACCAGCUAUCAUGGCCAUCUGACUAUAUGGUUCACAGAUAUAUCCACACUGGGCCACCUGCUGAAAUUCACUCUAGUCCAAGACUUGAAGCUUUCCCUUUGUGGCUGCAACACCUUCCCCACCAAGUGCCUGGCUAUCUAUGGGCUGAAGAGGCUUGGCAUCAAUACUGAGGCCAAGCAUCUCCGGGAGCAGAGUUUGCUUAUCCACAACAGAAGGGAGGGCAGUUCCUUGUACAAAGGCCGACAAAUGUGUAUGUUCAUCUCAUUCUUAGAUGUGGCACUUUUCAACAGGGACUCAUCUUUAAAGUCAUACAGUAUUGAUAACAUUUCUAGCCUCACCAGUGACUUUCCUGAUUUUUCUUACUUUAAAAUGUUCCCAAUGCCAAACAACAGAAGCUACGUUUUCACAGUUAUUUACUAG